UUCGACGGCCUCUGUAUAGCGUGAGAAGCGAGAGCAUCGAGGUGCUGCUGCUGCUGAGGAGGACACAGCUCUUGCACCGCUGCCAUAGCCUAUUAAUGCUGACUAUAGUUACCAACAAACAUUCUUUAAAGAGGACAGUGCCGAAAUAGUUGAUUCAUAGCUAAAAAAAAUAAAAAAUUGAGGUAAAACUGUUGUAAAAAUCUGUUUUGCUAAGAACACACAUUGUUUUAGUUAGAUGUUAAUAAAAUGUCAGCCUGGCUGUUGGCUCAUUACUGGAGCCUAUUUAGCUGUGUGUCAGGUGCACACCCUGCUGUAUCCGGGUGUCCUCGUGCCCUUGCACCUGUUGCUCUUUAACCGGAUAGGCGGGGCCAAUACUGUUGCAAUGGAAACCCUGCCAAUAGGUUGGACUGUGCACACCUGUGACCGGGAGGGAGACGGGGCAGGACUGCUGAAGGGGGGAGUCGCUGACGACAACACAAGCACGCAUGUCCAUGAUCUGUUUCAUGAAGAUGCACAGGGCUUCCAGCAGUCUAGCCAGCCGUGGUGGAGGAUCAAAGUGUUUGUGUGGGAGCCGGUGCUCUUCGGUACCUGGGAUGGAGUUUUCACCACCUGCAUGAUCAACAUCUUCGGUGUGGUGCUAUUCCUACGUACCGGCUACCUGGUGGGAAACACGGGUGUGCUGCUCGGGAUGCUCCUGGUCUCCUUGGUCGUGCUGGUGGCUUUAGUGACUGUGAUGUCGGGGAUCGGAGUGUGUCAGCACUGUGGUGUUGGGAGUGGAGGAAUCUACUCCAUGAUCUCCACUGUCCUGGGUGGCAGGGUGGGGGGCACUGUGGGCCUCCUCUAUGUGUUUGGACAGUGUGUAGCUGGAGCCAUGUACAUCACAGGUUUCUCUGAGUCGGUGGCGGAGCUGCUGGGUCUACAGAGCCAGUGGGCGGUGCGCGGCAUGUCGGCAGCGGUGCUGCUGGCACUGCUUGGAAUCAACCUGGCUGGUGUCAAAUGGAUCGUCCGACUCCAGCUGUUGCUGUUGGCCGUGCUGGCCGUCUCCACGCUGGACUUUGUCAUCGGCACCUUCACGCACCUUGACCCAGAGCAUGGUUUCAUUGGCUAUUCAGCCGGGCUGCUCAGCAGUAACACUAUGCCAGAUUACAGACCAGGAGAAACCUUUUUCACGGUCUUUGGGGUCUUCUUCCCUGCUGCUACAGGGGUUAUGGCAGGUUUCAACAUGAGCUCAGACCUUCAGCGGCCUGAACACAACAUCCCCGUGGGAACGCUGGCAGCUGUCUUCACCUCGUGGUUCCUGUAUCUGGUCUUUGUCUUCCUCCUGGGGGCCAUCUGCACCAGAGAAGCUCUGCGCUAUGACUUCUUGAUAGCAGAAAAGGUCUCCUUGGUGGGCUUCCUCUUUCUGCUGGGCCUCUACAUCUCCUCCCUGGCUUCCUGCAUGGGUGGCCUGUACGGAGCACCCAGGAUCCUCCAGUGCAUCGCCCAAGAGAGGGUCAUCCCCGCUCUGGCCUUCCUGGGAAGAGGGAAAGGCCCAAACAGGACUCCGGUGGCAGCUAUCUGCCUGACCAGCCUGCUGACCAUGGCCUUCAUUUUCAUCGGUCAGGUCAAUGUGCUGGCCCCCAUCGUCACCAUCAACUUCAUGCUCACCUACAGCUUCAUCGACUACUCCUACUUCAGUGUGGCCAAGACUUUCCAGCUGCAGAAUAAAGAUAAGAGGGACACCCUCGUCCAGGCCACAAGAAACCAGCGCAGGUCAACCAGGCAGAGCUCUAAGCCUCUGAUCAAGGACACUCUCCCAAACUACGGGAGUGGAGGCGAGAGUUCGCAGGGUAAAGGCACUCUGUUGGAGUUCACCAAGGACAUGGACCAGAUCUUUCCCCCCAUGUCAAAUGUUGACGCUGGGGCUGAGAACACCUCCUCCGUGCAAGAGCUGAGCAGUAGAUGCAAGAGCAGAAUGGCUAAUGUUACUACCAAGCAAAAGCUGAUGGACAGCUUUGGCUUGGACCUAAACAGCAAUAUGUUCUCAGAAGAGAAAGCAGAGGAGAUGAGUUCAGCUCCACCACAUGAGGAAGCUGAGGAGCAGUGUGGAGGCGGGGAGCCCAGGGCUGGAGAAGAACCACAAAUCAAAUGCCGUUCCAAAAUACACCAUGCUGAGCAGGAUUCAUCCGCUGACCCUCACAAUCACAGCACAGGUGCUGGAGGUAAAGCAGAGCACCAGAGCUUUGAAAUCAAACCCAUGCAGGAUUCAUUCUAUGCAAGGUUCUGCAACCACUGGGUUGCUCUUAUCGGGGCAUUGAGCUCCAUAUUGAUUAUGUUUGUUAUUCAGUGGGUUUAUGCCUUAGCAAACAUAGUCAUUGCCUUGCUGCUCUUCUUCUACAUCGGGAAAACAAGUCCUGGACUACCUAUAGGUACUGCAGCUCGAUUCAGCUUUUUCACAUGGCUCCAAUCAACAUUGAAUAGCAUUUGCAGGAGGGAAGAAUCUCCUCGGGAUGAGAUCGUAGUCACACCCUCUCUGUCCGGCGUCGGGCUGAAAACCAAGCAGCUGACAGACGAAAAUGCUGACUUUGCCUCUCGUCACCGCUAUCACCAGUCCUCAUUCAUCAGGGCCGACAACAUGGUGCAACCACCACUCCACUGACUGACUUAAAUAUUGCCUCUGUUACAUGGCAUAGCCGUCAGCCUGAAACCACAUUUUCUGCCUCAACCUCGUGUUGCCUUAUGGGCCACAUUCUGCACACAUGUUGUAUUUAACAGAGACAUUCAGUGAUCAGAUCAUUUUCCUGUGGUGGUUGGAGGGAAUCUGAGCAGCUUCCAGAGUUGCACAAAGUGUGUGUGUGUGUGUGUGUGUGUGUGUGUGUGUUUGUGUGAGAGAACAAGAGCUUUGUGGUAGCUGGAUUUUUUUUUCUUCCAUGAAUGUAAAUUGAAUUAAAAGUAAAAAUUGUUUAUUUUAUCUUUAAUAUAUUUUAUGGCUUUAGCUUUGACUGAAGUAUUGCAAUCUUUGAAACUCUCCAUGGAUUACUGUACUGCUGGGUCACUUCCAAGAAGUCCAGCCACUAUGGUGCGCAUGUGGCUUAAAUAUCCUGUGUAAUGUGACAUAAAAGUUUAAUUAAAAUAUGUUCUGCAUGUA